AUGUCAGUGAUAGGGCGACCAGCUUUUGAUCCCCUGAGUAAAGCAACGUCCCUGCUCCAACUCUUUCUCUUCCGCGUUACGACUUCAGUCUAUUCGCAACCGGACUCUGUUUCCGUUUCUCGCUUCUCUCUCAAAUGGUGUUUUCCAUUUUGCACUCACCCCCUCCCUCUCUCUCUCUCUCUCUCUCUCUCUCUCUCUCUCUCUCUCUCUCUCUCUGGUAGUAAAACCUUUUUCUGUUUUACAAUAUAUGCAUAUUUAUAUCUAUUGAUCGAUCAAUCAGCUUAUCUUUAUGCCUUUUAUGUUUUUGCUAUGUUCACAUCUACUUCUAUCUCUUUCUCUCUCUCUCUCUCUCUCUCUCUCUCUCUCUCUCUCUCUCUCUCUUUCAGUCUGUUCAUCUAUCUAUCUCUUAUCCUCUAUUUCAAAAUCUGUUCAUCUCUCUCUCUUUCUCUCUCUCAUUCUAAAUCUUAUGAUCUCUCGUUUUCUCUCUUUUUUCAUCUCUCUAUAUAUAUGCUUAUCGCUCUUUCUUUUUCUAAGUCUGUUCAUCUCUCCCUCUCUCCCCCUCUUUCUCUCUUUGUCUUCUGUACAUCUCUAUGUCUUUUUCUAUCUCUAACUGUUCAUCUCUCGCUUUCUAAGUCUCGUCGACUCUCUGACUCUCUCUCUCUCUCUCUGUUCUCUAAGUCUAUGCAUCACUCUCUCUUUCUAAUUUUGUUCACUUUCUCACUCUCUUUCUAA